CCGUCGCCAUUUUGUGGUGGUCGCCGACGAGUGAAGAGUGCAGUUCUGUGCAAGCUCCGUCCCCUGUCCUCGGGCUGCAUUCUCCAGAAAUCAGGCACUGUAGAAACCGUAAUCAGUCACCUGGGGGGUCCACUGUCCGAAUCUGGUAGCCUGGAUUGUGCCCGUAUUCGGUUUGUAAUGUAUCACUCUAUGUACAAAUUAAUUUAAGUUUGAAUCGAUUAAGUAGCAUUUGUAAGACUAGUAUUUUUCCAAUUUGAUCUAAUAAAAAAAACAAAAGAGUUGAGUAGUUUUCGCAUCUGCUCCUGUUGUUCCUGUGUACUAAUUGUUUUGAAUUUACAUGUGAGCCGAGUCCUGCUGGUAAAGGUACCUUCAGAAAGCGACUUAGCCAUUACACCCAGAAAGCACGUUGCGCACGGCUAGGGCGACACCCACUGGUAAACAAACCCACGAAGUAUCCCUCCUCGACACCACCUGUUCAUUUUUUGUGAACAUCAACGUGGCGCCCGAAGUUCACAAAUAAUAAACAGCGGUGCUGCACGUUUCUGUAUGGAUGAAUGCUAGCGGAUGAAUCUUUCUGUAGGGCGGCAGCCGAGCUACGCCUUUUCGAAAGCUGCUGACGCUAUAAGUAGAGGAAUGGAACACUUUCCGUUACUUGCUCGAACUCUGUCGGACAUACGUACUGCAAAAACGUGCCCUUUGGGGAUGUUCGAGUAACGGUAAAGUACCUUUUGGUCCUAACUGUUAGCCACUUGAAGUGGCCUGUUUGGAGUUGUGUUUGGUUAUUUUUUGUCAGGUGAUUGGACGCUGGUCAUGAGCGGCCAGGCGAAUUAAGCGCUGAGGAUUGCGGUAAAAGGCUUGCUGUAUCUAACCUAAUCGUCGAAGUUAGAAAGCGAAAGGCGAUUUAUCAAGUUGCGUCAAUGCUGUUGAAUUUUAAUACGGAGGAGAAAGCUGCUCAUGCAGGAUAAAAUGGGUCAGGUAUUUGUAAUGAGUUUGAGUUUUACGUGAAUUUUCAGGAUUUAUGAGAAGACGCUAUUCUAAUAAUUAAUACAAUAAAGUAUCAGAUUUUAUUUGAAGAGUAAUAGAUUUGUUUAAAAUUUCACGCAAAUGUUCGUAACAGUUUUAAGUAACUCAAUAGUCGCAAAUAGAAAAGUACGUAACGUCGUCGUUCUUCAAGUUCACGAAGAGGACAGGAUAAAGGAGCAUGUAAGCAUUUGAACGUGGACACAGGAUUUUUUUCAGGACUUCAGUUAGAAGAACUUUGUCUUUAUUAAUAUGUAAAGUAAUUUAAACCACAAUUUCUUUAAAGUUGAGCUGCAGGUAAUGUUUUACAAAAAGUUACGAAUAUUUGCAGAUGUUGAGUUUCGAAGAAAUUUAUUUUGCAACUCAAAUAAAAGUGCACUAGAAAGUAAUAUGCAAGUAAAACCGGAAUCUUUGAUUACAAAUUUCUCACUAUGGAGUUCUUUGAAAAUCGACAACCGGUAGUUUUUACAAUGCAAGGUAGUGCGAUUUAAAUUUUAAUAGGAAGAAAGAAUGCUCGACGCGAUAGGAGGUAGGCUGUGGGAGCUUCUUAAAUCCGACUAACAUGGAUGAAGAAACAGGUACUAAGUAAAUCGAAUGUGCUAGCAUUAAUACAAACAUAAUUUGCUAAAUGUUUUAACAAUAACCAUGUGCUCGUGACCGCGUCGAAGUAAAGUUUUGUAGAUUACGUAACUUGCAAUCACAAAAUGCACCGUGUGCGGGCAGAAUUUUUCCAUUGUGCUUCAGUAUUGUGACGUCAACACUUCCACUCGAACGAAGUAGCCCAUUUUUAAGUUCUUUCGCAUGUUGGACUCGAAGAAUGGUAAAAUUUGUGCCCCCAAUCCUACAACUGUUGCAGCAAUAAGUGCUUCCCACAUCAUUAUUUCGCAUUACAUGGCAUUAGAAUAGAUGAUCGCAGUUCCAUCACUAGUUACGCAAUUAUUAAGGACAUACAGCCUAAGAAAAGGAGGUUUAGGUACUGUAUGCAUGCAAAACAUUUAAUGUUUGUAGGUUUUGAUAAAGCCAUGAAUCGAAUAACGUGCAAUCACGACGAGAAACGACGAUCAACUUUCAGGACACUCGUUACAAAUACACGAUUGAUAAAAUCGCAAGUAUUUUUGCAAUAUCGAAAUUGCUCUUGUUCCAGAAUUUGCUAAACACGAGGUUAUAAAUGUCCAGAAAAAGAUAUUUUCCUUUGUAAUUUAUAUAAUAUGACUAGAUUUAAUCAAGCUUUCAAGUACUGGGAAUAUCCCACUUCAACCGUAACCACAUUCGCAAAAUAAUUUUUUAUAGAUUUAUUUUAUUAUCGACGCAAAAUUGAAGUCGCAUCCUAGAAUAUAAGAAGUUCUCGGCAAAUAGUUAGAAUAAACGAAUGUACAGUUCAAGAAGUUUCCGCUCUUAUUAAUUAGGAACAAUACAACUUUGAGGGAUUGAACAAACGGUGCCAGGUAUUCAAACAUGUAGACCACCUGCGUUAUUAGUUGUAGGAAUUUUUCCACCAACGGUUUCUCAUCUCAUAAGAAGGCUCGAAAUUGCGUCAUUUCGGUUACCCAUUGAUGAAAUCUCGCCGUCUACAUUAUACAGGACUACAAUCGCAAGUAUUCUUGGAAUAUCCCCAAGUGUGCUUCUUCUUAUAGGAUCAUCGGUUUGUUCAUUCCCCACGGUAUUAAAAGUUUACAAAGCCAUCGCCAAAACUCCUUUCUAUUUAUACAACAAUGGAGCUGAGAACCAAAGCAAUGUCGCUAUCAUGGCCACCGUGAAUUGCAAGUAUUCUUUACACCUAGAGCAUCGCAAAGUGUCCCUUGUUCCAGACUACUAAAUACGUUGGAAAGCUGUCCCUUGUCAGUCGCAAAAGGUUUUCUACUUAUAUACCGUCAUUUGCCGCCCAAACAACUAAAAAUUGCGCAAGUAUUUUUGCAAAUACGAGUAUUGUAGGAUUAAAAUCGUGAUAAACAACGAGCUGCAUGCAAAUCUAGCUAAAUUACGAUUAGAUUCUCUUGAUUCGAGGAUCCCAUCGCUAACGUAUGUUGUUCGCUUGGUUGUGGAUAGUAGUAACUGAUUGUAGAUCGCACGAUGAAGUGGCCAAACAUCAAUUAUUAGUCGAUCGCUCAACUCUUCAGAAUAAACCCGAGGCAAAAUCAAAAUCCUUCAGUGACAAGUGUUUUCGCGCACCAAAUUAUAAGUGAAGGUAUUUCAUACGUCGUGUCCACAAAACCGUUGUUUGCAGAUCGCAUCGACGUUUCUUCUCAAUGAAAAUUCGUCAAGCUAAAUACGGAAAGUGCGUACGUGACUCGCUGCAUCUUUAGUCUUCUACCACAGUCGGGUCAUCCCUCUACAUUAUCUUCAAUUUCCGUCGCGAAGUAUCACAAUAUGUGUUCAAACUCGACGUUAAGUUUCGUGGUUCCAGAUUUAAACAGGAUUCACAUUCCAUCGAAGACGCAAAUCGAGUCACAGUUCCUCCCAAGUUCGGCCGUCUCAGCUAUAUCAACAACGAUCAAUAGUUUUUACAUCCAACUUGUGACGAGUCAAGAAAGUCGUUGAAACGUGUUUGUUCGGUCUUCACUUUUCGUCGCAAAGUAUCACUGUAUGUGUUCAAACUCGACGUUAAGUUUCGUGGUUCCAGGAUUCGCAUUUCAAGGAAGACGCAAAUCGAGUCACAGUUCCUCCCAAGUUCAACUAUAUCAUCGAUUAAUAGUUUUACAGUCAACUUGUGAUGUCCAAGAAAAUCGUUGAAACGCGUUGAUUCGGUGCAUUCUUCGGUCAACCUGAAUCGCGAAGUAUCAUUAUUUUUUUCAACGCAGAACUACAAAUUGAUGAUUGCAGAUCCAAAUAGUCGGUCUUUUGCGAUCAAGAAUCGACGGGGCGUUGCUGCAGAAGAAACGUCGGUCGUUAGACACCGCAAGUAUAUUUACAAUAUCGCAAAGUUGUAUAGUUUUUAGAAGUCAAGUUCUGAGACAACGGCCACGUUAGUACGGUUUUAUUUCUACCGGCACCCGUGACACCGACAAGGUUUGUCAAUACAAUAACAUGAAUGUUCACAGAAUUGAAAAUGCAAAAGUGAUUACGUCAUCAAUAUAGUGUACAGGAAUUUUUAUAAUUUUGCGCCCGUGUAAAACAAAUUUUUCACUGCGAUGCUGUAGGUUCUCAAGAAGCAACUUUAAUCAACCGAAUGAGAGCGUGAACGAGUUUAUAUUGGCACGUGAUGUCACUGAAGCACUGCAGGGUCUUCAUUAUAGAAAUAUUGAGCAAAAUUAACAGCAAGCCUACAACCGCAGGUAUUCGUAAACGUCAAAAACACAAGUUGUUUUAGAAUGAUAAAAGCCAAGUUUAAAUGCGGCGCACGAUUCCACAUCUUAUUCUUUUUCGUAAAUGAUCUACACUUUCUACAAAAGGCAGCAAGAAUUCACCAUGGAACAAAAUCUCAUUACCUGAGUAUCUGAUCUUUUGUGUUCGCACCUAUCGUGAAAAACUAUAUUUUAUAGUCGCCAACCACAAACCACUAGAGGUAGUUCGUCCCCAAAUCAUAAACAUCUGUCAAAUACAGAGGCAAUUAAUUGAAUCAUCCUGAAGAAAAGAUCACCGAGAAUCCGACUCUAUUAUCACAGUAAGAUACAUACAGUAGGCCACAAAUUCAUUGUUCCUAGGACCACAACCGUCCCCACAACUUGAUUGAUUUCUUCAUCUAUCAUGAAGACGACUCGGACAAAUUGUGACUUGACGUAGACCCCCACUUUCGUCAUUAUAGAUUCGGACUCUUUAUCUUCUCUUCAGGAUAAUUACUACUAGCAACUUGCUUCGCUUUCAACGUCAAUGUACCAUCAGGUAACCUGAAGUAGAGAAAGCACCGCCUUAUAUUUUUUAGAACAAAUCUUACCAACCUCAAAUGCGCCCGUUCUCUUCAUUGAAAAAUACUUGGAAAAUCUUAAUCGAAACAAAACGAAAAGUCGCCCAAAGCCGUUAAUGCGCAGGUUAGUGCACUUGAAGUACGCAAAUCCGGUAGUUGUAGUCCCAAAGAAUCGAAACGUGCUGAACUGGUACCUAUGAAGUACACUACUCACCUAAUUCGCUGCCCCCUCCAUCCCCCCUAGCACCGUUUUUAACAUUUCAACAGGAAAAGACGAGCAGGAAAGGAUCGACGUACGCGAAGUGGCCCGAGGACAGGAUCUCUGGACAUCGCACUCCAUCUGCCCCCACCGACACCACCAUCAGUCACUAAUAAAGCGUUGAAAUCAUUUGUUGUAACUGCUCCAUCCAGAUUGUCAGCCGUGGUUUCCUGAGUAGCAGCUGUAAAAUUCGUCAGAGCGUUGAAAAUAAAACCUUUUGUGAAAAUUCUGCGUAUUUUUUCCUGGUGAUUGCAUUUCAGGAGAAAAUUUUUUCUUGGACGUCAGAGGAAGAUUUCGAGGAUUGAAGAUUGAAACGUCAUGGUUGAAGAGGAUUGUGUGAAUCCAGAUUCAAUAAAGAAUCUUCAAUGGAUUCGUAAGUAUCCGGUUUCCAAUUUUUUCGGGAGCAAUAGCGUUGGUUUCUGCUGUAAUUAUCGAAACAAAAGUUCGGUCGUCAAUUCCGGUUAGAAAAAAAAAACAUCGUUGGAUUUGAAAUGGAAGAACGAAGAUUGUUUCAAGGAGCUGGAGGAAGUACAACGGUGAAGAUUGAAGAGGUUCGACGAGAAGAAAGAAGACUGCGACGGAUCAUCGGUUUCCAGGAAGAUGAAGAACGAAGAGGAUUUAUCGAACAAUUGAGGAUGGAUACUUCGUGGGAUUAGAAGAGGAUCGAGCCCGAGAAGACUGAAGAUGAUUUCAUGGGAAUCGGAAGAGGACCGGCUGAUAUUCGUGGAACAACGGAAGAUAUCGAAGGAUGAAGAAAGAAGAACGCUCUUUGAUUAGCGGAUGAAGAACAACUUCCGGGAGAUGAAAGGUUCAAUAGACCGAUGAAGAUUUCGUGCGGUCAGAAGAAUGAAGAAAGCUUCGAAGAUUUCAUGAGAAUGUCGGCAAAAGAAGAGGAUUUUUUAGAAGAGGAUGGAUAUGAGUGUUGAGGAAAACGAAGAUGAAGAAGAAGGAACAGGAUCUACUUUCAAGAGGAACAGAGUAUGUUGCGUCGAGGGAGAAAAUUGUUUCAAGAAGGAAAACAUCGAGUGGAAAAUAGAAGAUUUUUCGUGAUUCAGCGUCAUUAAGAUCGUGUCGUAAGUAUCCUGCUUUGUCUUUGGGUAUUCACUAGGUACAACAUUAACCGGAAAUGACUGAAUCAUGGAAAUUACACACUUCAUAAUGAUAAGAAGACAACUAACUCCAAGGAAGACAGAAGAAUGAAGAGGAUUUCGACUAUGAAGGGGAUUUUGCGUGUCAAAAGAGUACUAUAGAUUUCGUGGGAAUGAGAUCAACGUUCAGAGGAAUGAAGACUGAAGAUGGUUAUGCGUCGAACAGAAAACAUCGACUUGCAGUGAAGCAGAAGAAUGAAGAUUUUUCCUGGGAUUAGUUUAAAGAAGACGAAAAUUUUGGAUUUUCUCCUAAGAUAUACACAUAAACGAAGAAGGUUUUUAAGAUGUGAAAAAAAUCUACGUGGAAGAAGGCAGAAGGAGAUCAGUUGUUGGCCCGUAAGUAUCCGGUUCGAAUUUCUUUGGGUAUUCAGUAGUUACAGCAUAAAUCGAAAACAACGAACAGCGAAGAUAUUCGUCAUCAAAAUUAGAAGACCAGCUCCAACUUAAAAGGACGGAAGGGUGAAGACUGAAGAUAGCGACGUGAGCAUCAAAAGAGCAUCGUGUAAGAAGGCAGAAAAUGAAGAGUUCGUGGAAAUCCGAAGAAGACGACAGUUUCACUGAAGAAUGGAGAACGAAGAUCGCAGAAGAGGACCAACAUCUACGAAGAUUGAAGAAUGGAGGCUACGCAGCGACCAGAAGAGGUGCAACUUUUACGAGGAUCGAAGAGUUGAAGACUUCGCGGCGACGAGAAGAGGCUCGACUUACGCAACCAUUACGAACAUCAAAAGAUGAAGAUAAACUUCCACGGUAUUUGAAGAAUGAAGACUUCACAGCGACAAGAAGAGGAUUGACUUCACGGGGAUUGAAGAAUGAAGACUCCACGGCAACAAGAAGAGACUCAACUUCUACGGGUACUGAAAAAUGGAGGCUCAGUCGCGUUCAGAAGAUCAACUUCCACGGAGAUCGUAGACGAAAGGAGAAUGCAUUUCGACAGAAACUGAAGAAUUGAGGCUUCGCGGCGAUCAGAAGGGUUUCGACUUCCCAAGACUGAAGAUUCGGCGGCGACCAGAUCGACUUCCAUGGAGAUUGAAGAGAGAAGACUUCGCGGUGUCCAGAAGAGGCUCAACUUCGACAAGGAAUGAAGAAUGGAGGCUUCGCAACGGUCAGAAGAGGAUGAUUUUCAUGGGGAUUGAAGAACGAAGACUUCGCGACGGUCAGAAGAGGAUCGACUUUCAUGGGGAUUGAAGACUUCGCGGUGUUCAGAAGAGGAUCGACCUUCAAGGGAUCGAAGAAUGAAGACUGCGGCGACCAGCUUCGAAGGGGAUUGAAGAACGAAGACUUCGCGAUGGUCAGAAGAUGAUGGACUUCCAGGGUAUUGAAGACUGAAGACUUCGCGGCGAUCAGAAGAGGAUCGACUUCCAGGGGAUUGCAGAUGAAGACUUCGCGGCGACCAGAAGAGGCUCAACUUCGACGGAGAUAUAAGAACGAAAGCUUCGAAACGGUCAGAAGAUAUCGAUUUCCAUGGGGAUUGAAGAACGAAGACUUCACAGCGACCAGAAGAGGCUCAACGCAACGAAUGGAGGCUUCGCGGUGAUCAGAAGAGGAUUGACUUCCAGGAGAUUGAAAAAUGAAGACUUCGCGACGAUCAGAAGAGGAUCGACUUCCAGGAGAUUGAAGAACGAAGACUUCGCAGCGACCAGAAGCGGCUCAACUUCGACGGGGAAUGAAGAAUGGAGGCUUCACGGCGACCAGAAGAGGCUCAACUUCGACGGGGAAUGAAAAGUGGAGGCUUUGCGGUGACCAGAAGAUCGACUUCCAGGGGGUUGAAGAAGACUUCGCGGCGAUAAAAAGCGGCUCAACUUCGACGGGGAAUCCAGAAUGGAGGCUUCGUGGUGAUCAGAAGAGGAUCAACUUCCAGGGGAUUGAAGAAUGGAGGCUUCGUGGCGACCAGAAGAGGAUCGACUUCCAGGGGAUUGAAGAAUGAAGACUUCGCGGGGACCAGAAGCAGCUCGACUUCGACAGGGAAUGAAGAAUGGAGGCUUCGUGGUGAUCAGAAGAGGAUCGACUUCCCGGGAUUGAAGAAUGGAGACUUCGCGGCGACCAGAAGAGGAUCGACUUCCAGGGAUUGAAGAAUGAAGACUUCGCGGCGACCAGAAGAGGCUCGACUUCGACGGGGAAUGAAGAAUGGAGACUGGGACGAUCAGAAGAGGACCGGGCGAAAACGAGAAAUUGCAUAUGUUUUAGAUUCAGGCCACGGAGGUAUUGUUACUUCGAAUUUAUUGUGGGUAUGGAUCAACUCCCAACUUAAGGGAGACGGAGAUGUAGGAGAACUUCGUAGAAAUCUGAAAACCAACUUCUACUUCGGGAGAAAAGAAUUUCGGUAAAGGAGAGAACAAAUACUUCGUAUGUGCCAGUAGAGGCUUCAUUUCAUAGAGUAAGGAAUAAAAAUGGCGUCGAAAAUCAAAAAUGAAGACAUGAGAAUCGCCAGAAGGUAGUUCUAGAGCAUGGAGGAAAAGAAAAAAUGACGAGAACUUAUUGGAAAACCAAAGGUCAAAUUCCAGAAGAGCGGAAAUUUGAAAACAGCCACAACGAAAAUUGCUGCGGCGACAACAAAGAAAGAAGCUUCACAGGAACCAAAAGGGCGGAAGAGGGAAGACAUUUAGCACGAAAAUGAAGAAGGAAUAAAAGACCAUAAAUACUGUAGGAACAAAUCACGACGAACAACAACUCAUGAAGAUAUAAAAUGGAAGAUGUUAACAGGAUUCAUUUUUAAUGAGAUCUCUUUGUUACUGGGCCGGAAGUAUCUGACUUUGAAUUUUUCCAGUGCUCAUUAAGUGGGAGUGGUAGAAACAAGAGAUGAACGAAUAGGGAAGAAGGAAAUUAUUGUACGUUCGAAUUUUUCCACAUUCAGGAUAAAAAACGAAACUAUGAAAAUAACUAGAAGAGAUAAAUGAAGCAAACUCCUGAAAGAUGUCAUCUGAUUUGGAAGAAAGAAGAUUAUAGAAGAAAAAGAACGCAAACUGCUUCAUAUAAGGAAGUUUGGGGAACAAAAAAACAACGAAAAUAACCGUAGAUAAUUGAACAUUUUCAUCUACCGGUACUAUUCCAACUUCCAAUUUUUAUGACUGAAAAGGACACUUGGAUGUUGAAAAACAAAGAGAAGAGAAGCAACAUUUCAAAGAGAAUGAAGACACAUUGAUGCAAAGUAGAAGAAACUAUUCUUGAAGAAGCAAGAAGAGGACUAGAUUAUAAAAUAUGGAAACCAGAAAAGAAUGCAGUUUCAGAAUUGAUGAUGUUGUGGAAAGCAGACAAAUAAUCCUUUCCAGAAUGCAAAAAUGAAUACAGUUCUAGAAUUAACGGAGUCGUGGAACACAUAGAAGAAUCUCCCUCAGAAACCGAGAAUCAAUACAGUUUCAGAAUUGACAAUGUUGUGGAAGAUAGGCCAGAAUUCAAAAAUGAAUGCAGUUUCAGAAUUCACGGAGUCAUGGAAACAUAGAAGAAUCUCCCUCGGAAUGUGAGAAUGAAUACAGUUUCAGAAUUGAUGAUAUUGUGGAAGACAGACAAGAAUCCCUUCCAGAAUCUCGGAAAACAGUUUCAGAAUUAACAAUGUUGUGGAAGACACCAAAUUUCAAGAAUGAAUACAGUUUCAGAAUUGACAAUGUUAUGGAACACAGACAAGAAUUCCCUUUCAGAAUCCAAGAAUGAAUACAGUUUCAGAAUUCACGCAUUCGUGGAAGACAGACGAGAAUCCUUUCCAGAAUGCAAAAAUGAAUACAGUUUUAGAAUUGACGGAGUCUUGGAAGACAUAGAAGAAUCUCUCAGAAUCCGAGAAUGAAUACAGUUUCAAAAUUGAUGUUGUGGAAGACAGAAAAAUCCCUUCCAGAAUAAAUACAGUUUCAGAAUCGACGAUGUGGAAGACAGGCCAAAAUUCCCUUCCAAAAUUCAAGAGUGAAUAUAGUUUUAGAAUCGACGAUGUGGUGGAAGACAGACCAAAAUUUAAGAAUGAAUACAGUUUUAGAAUUGACGAAGUUGUGAAAGACAUACAAGAAUCUCCUUCAGAAUCCGAGAAUGAAUACAGUUUCAAAAUUGAUGAUAUUGUGGAAGACAGACGAGAAUCCCUUCCAGAAUCUCAGAAGACAGUUUCAGAAUUAACAAUGUUGUAGAAGACACCAAAAUUCAAGAAUGAAUACAGUUUCAGAAUUGACAAUGUUGUGGAACACAGACAACAAUUCCCUUUCAGAAUCCAAGAAUGAAUAAAGUUUCAGAAUUCACGCAUUCGUGGAAGACAGACAAGAAUCCUUUCCAGAAUGCAAAAAUGAAUAGUUUUAGAAUUGACGGAGUCGUGGAAGACAGAAGAAUCUCUCAGAAUCCGAGAAUGAAUACAGUUUCAAAAUUGAUGUUGUGGAAGACAGAAAAAUCCCUUCCAGAAUAAAUACAGUUUCAGAAUCGACGAUGUGGAAGACAGGCCAAAAUUCCCUUCCAAAAUUCAAAAGUGAAUAUAGUUUUAGAAUCGACGAUGUGGUGGAAGACAGACCAAAAUUUAAGAAUGAAUACAGUUUCAAAAUUUAUGUUGUGGAAGACAGAAAAAUCCCUUCCAGAAUAAAUACAGUUUCAGAAUCGACGAUGUGAUGGAAGACAGGCCAAAAUUCAAGAAUGAAUACAGUUUUAGAAUUGACGAAGUUGUGGAAGACAUACAAGAAUCUCCCUCAGAAUCCGAGAAUGAAUACAGUUUCAAAGUUUAUGGAAGACAGAAAAAUCCCUUCCAGAAUAAAUACAGUUUCAGAAUUGACGAAGUUGUGGAAGACAUACAAGAAUCUCCUUCAGAAUCUAAAAAUGAAUACAGUUUCAGAAUUGACUGGAGUUGUGGAAAAGAUAGAAGAAUCUCCCUCAGAAUCUGAGAAUGAAUACAGUUUCAAAAUUUAUGUUGUGGAAGACAGAAAAAUCCCUUCCAGAAUAAAUACAGUUUCAGAAUCGACGAUGUGGUGGAAAACAAACCAAAAUUCAAGAAUGAAUACAGUUCCAGAAUUGACGAAGUUGUAGAAGACAUACUAGAAUCUCCUUCAGAAUCCAAAAAUGAAUACAGUUUCAGAAUUGACGGAGUGGUGGAAGACAGAAGAAUCUCGCUCAGAAUCCGAGAAUGAAUACAGUUUCAAUAUUUAUGUUGUGGAAGACAGAAAAAUCCCUUCCAGAAUAAAUACAGUUUCAGAAUCGACGAUGUGGUGGAAGACAAACAGAAUCCCUUCUCAGAAUUGAAGAAUGAAUACAGUUUCAAAAUUGACGAAGUUGUAGAAGGUAGACAAAUAAUCCUUUCCAGAAUGCAAAAGUGAAUACAGUUUCAAAAUUGAUAUUGUGGAAGACAGUGGAGAAGAAUCCCUUCCAGAAUCCAAGAAUGAAUACAGUUUCAGAUUUGAUGAAGUUGUGGAAGACAGAAGAAUCUUCUUCAGAAUCCAAAGAUGAAUACAGUUUCAGAAUUGACGGAGUCGUGGAAGACAGAAGAAUCUCCCUCUGAAUCCAAGAAUGAAUACAGUUUCACAGAAGAUGGACGUUCGUGCGUCGGUGAAGAAAUAUACAAGCCACCCUUAAAUGCUUAAAAACUACUUAUAAUUUUAAUGAAGAAAUUUCUCUGGAUGUUUACACGCCCAGAGAAAACUGCCACAUUGGAGUGGACAGCAAGGAAGAAAAUUAAACUAACUGGGAGGAAGAAUGGAAACUAAAGUUAAUCAAAUAUUAAUGGAGACUGGAUAUACCGUUAUUUCAUAGCUUUUGAAAACAAAAUGGCGAGGAGAAGAAUAUAAAAACUUCUGAAUGAAAAUAAAAUCAAACGCAGAGAAAAGAAGAGAAAGAAACAAUUCGACGUAGAAGACAACCUACAUAACCUGAAGAGGACUCGACGCGAGGGAAAACGGAGGAAGAAAGAAGAGGAAUCGACGUGGAAGAAUGAAGCACGGGGAUAAGAAGAUGGAAGAAAGAAGAGUGAAGACGAAGAAUGUGAAGGUAGGACAUCUAAUGAACAUCGACGUGUAAGAAGACUGAAGAAAGAAUAUGCUGCAACAUGCAAACUCAAGAACAACUUAACAUGAAGAACAAAAAAAUUUGACGCUGAGGAAGACGGAAGAAUGAAGAUGCUGCAGAGAUUGGAAUUUCAUAACGAUGAAAAAUGAAAAGUGAAACAAAUUCUAAAUCCUGAAAGUAAUUGAAAGGCGUGAAUACGAAACCAAAAGAAUAAGGAGUACCAUCUGGCAAUGAAACGUUGACGGCAUACAAUUUAGAAAACUACCCGCAUUUGUAACAAUAAGAAAUACCAUCCAGGGAAUGGCAUCUACUUCAAUAAAAAAAACAUGGACAAAACGAGAACAUCACGUCUUCUAAAUAUAGUUGAUUUUUUGUAAUUUAUAAUUUUUUAGUGUCAAAUUUUGUAUUACAUUUUGAUUAAAUUUAUUUACCUAUUUACACGUAUUGUAAUUUUUUUAUGAAUAAAGUAGCCCUAGUUGAAAGAUUUAUUAUGAUUUACUAAUAAAAAUUAGUGAUGAUAUUUACGUGUAAUUAAUUCCAACUAGUGUAUUUUUUGUACUGCUUUAAGUGGAAAUAAACGGUCUUUCAACAAUUUCUUAGUUUCAAUUUUUGCACAAUUAGUUCCAUCACAUGAUUUUCUGCUCCAAGAUUUUGCAUAAGAGCUCUAACAGAAUCUUAACUGCGUUAGGUCUUGAAGAUGUCACACUCGGCAGUUUUAUGAGUGCAUCGACAGACGUUACAUCAUCUAAAAUGUGGCGCUUCUUGGUGUUAAAUUUAUACUUCUCGUACCCCCUCACAGCAAAAAGUGCAUGGGUAGAAAUCCCCCAAGUACCCAGCAAAAAGACGACACCAUUCGUUUUCGGAACCCCCAAAGUCAGUUUCAUCGAGCCAAAAUUCACAUCCACCACCCCUUCGAACCCCAUGGUCUUAACCACAACCCCCCGACAAACAACGCCUCCUGCGUACCGAGAGAUAAUGACAACAAGCACGAUUUCACCCCUGACGACGGCGCGCCAGUUGGAGAGAAACCACAACGAAAAACCAAAGACGCCCAAAGUACAACCGGACAAAGCGAAAAACGCAACCCAGACGAGCGAAAGCGCGUACUCUGGUUUCCUCCCGCUGCUACAAAGCAUCCAGCAAACCCUAACAAUAAACGCGAAAAAGUCGCUCAAAAACAAAAUCUCUGUACUGACGAACUUGAGGGACAACUUGCUGGCAAACAUAGAUGAGCGAAUGUCGGGUCUGUGGAGCAGAUCCGACACACAGGCUGAAGCAAGGGGGCACGACGACGAGAUGGACUUUCCGUCGAACGAAGGCGCUUUAAUGACCAUCGGGUUUUUGACUUUCGCGGUUUUUUUGAUUAAGUUGGUUCUGAAACUGGUACAUGCGCUCAAGAGCAAACAGGCGCCUGUGGUGGUGACCACGAUAGCGCCAGCUACAGCUUUCAUUGGCCGAAAAAAGCGAGACGUUGAAGACAGUUUGAAAAUACUACAGUUUAUUGAAGAAUACAAAUUUAGAUAAAUUUAUUUCAACGAAAACAAAAACGAAUUCUUGAAGAACCAAACUUAGUUUAACUUAUUUUGUAACGAAAACUUCAAUAAUAAAUUUAAUUUUUGUUUUUUG